AGAUAUUUCCGCACAUUGUUUGAGAGCGCAUAGGAGCAAAGGUAUGAGGGUCUAGGCAUGUUCAAGUGGGAGAGAGCACGCUCUAGUGAACUAGACGAGUAAGAGUAGUUUCCUACUGGUCAACUGUUCCUAUCUUCAAAGCAGACGAAAAGAACAACAUGGAGGCCACUUCUCGUGCUUGCAAAAGCUCCGCUGCGUUGAGGGCAUCUGCCAUCAACCUGAAUUCUCAGCACGCCAGAAUCUGCCAGAGGUCUUUUUCAUGUGUGAUUAUGACUGGGUAUCUUAGGAGCCACAGCCUCCACCAAUUGAGUCUAAGUAUUCCCAAAACAGUGAGAGAGAGAUAGCGAUUAGUAGUUGAGUACUUUUCUCUCUACAACGAACUGCUUCACUCCUCUAAUCUGCUCCCUUCAAUCUGCGGUCGCAUACUCUGUAACGAGGAGGUGGGAAGCAAGUUGGGCCUGGAUAAAUGGCGUGCAUCAGCAGCUUUUCCGAUAGAUCUUAUGAUGCUGCAAGACGACCAGGACUUGAAAUCGCGGGACAAGGCGAUAGUUGCACUGGCAAGGACGCAUGAGGUGGAGAUUGGGAACAAUAGUAAUGAGGGUGAUGGAGCAGCAGAGGUGACUGUAGUAGGAAACACGCAGUCGAGUAGCAGCAGUAGUUCUAGCAGCCGACCAUCUUCUAGAGCAAGACCUGUUCCACUCAGCCUGACAGCACGACAGGGAACCAAUAUGGCCACAACGACCUUGGCUAGUGGUAGUCGCAAAGUGCCUCUAGUCUUUUGUCUAGCGGCUCUGUCUUUAGACCGCCAUAAUCGUAGAUUUUGGCACGAGCAGGCAAGACGGUUAGUAGACUGCGUUGCUCAGGAGACACUCAGUGGUUCGGCGUUGGAGAUGAAGCAGAAUCUGCACGCAGACUCCACUGGUUCUGAUAGAAAACGAGGUUUACUCCUCAUGGCACAUCAUGACUACCAAGAUGAUCCUCGUGGACGAGAAGAUGGGACAGAAGAAGCAUCUCAUGAGGCCUCUACGAAAGCUCAACAGGAUGGAUCAGAAAGCAACAAUUCAGGGGUAUCAUCUUCUACAGUUGUUGAUCCAGAUCGUUCUGCUCUGGAAGUUGGUGGUCAUAGGUUAUUAACGACGGUGUGGAGCUGCGUCAUCAGACGACCUUUGUUGAGUAUUCUUGCAUCGGAAAUGAGAAGUCUGCUGUCGUUUCGACGACUUGGUGGAUCCUCAUCAACUCAUGCUACAACUAGGGAAGAAGUUACAGGCUCAAGUGCUGCUUGUUCUGUAGUAGAAGUUACAGGAAUGUUACCUUUUCGGCAACUUGUUUGUGCCCCUUCGAGGCCUUCGGCAUCUUCGUCAGGGAGUCAGGAAAAAGGGCAGCAAGAUAAUCCUGCGAAGACCGGAAGAAGAACACUGAACAGGAUACACCGACUCUUGGAGGAAACAGGGAGUUGGAGUGGGCGUUUACUCCUAGAUGCUAGGGACCCUCUAAUGAUUAUGGUUGAGUUGAACAUCUUGAAAAUGACUCAUCUUCAUUCUUCAGGCGAGGAAGCUGGUCAUACGUUCGUAGCUUAGAAGAAGAGAGCGAUUCUUAUGCGAAAAAUUUUUGUAAGCAGCUACAGCAUAAUUUUUUCUUCUAAUGCAAGAACACUGCAAGCAACCCCUGGCGUCACUAUGCGACCAGAAAAUAUAGCGAUAACGGGACGUCCAUACGGGCUGUCCAAAGAGGAGCAAGGAGAAAUACUGGCUCGACCACUCACACUACCGAAAGAAAUUUUGCGUUUUGAUACAAGAAAGAUUGUGCAAAUAUCAUGAUGAUCAUGAAAUGUUGCGCGCAUACUAACUUCUGAUGGGGGCCAAUAGAUGCUUGGUCUUCGGUGGAUCCCCACGGGGGAUACCGAAACAACGAUGCAGGAC